CACGCCAUUCCGCUUGCCAGAGCCCGUGCACAAGCAGGCAACGCGCUAUCUGUCGCACACGUGAACAGCUGAUCCAACGAGCACAUCCUCGGGUUCAGCUCUCUGUCUCUCUUUCUCUACGCGCGCAUCUCUCGCUCUCUCUCUCUCUGCCUCUCCGAAAAACUCGUAAAUCGACCGGCCGUCUCGGCUGCGCACGCUGCGGUGCCAUAGCUACGAGGAUCGCGCCGCCGCGGCCGUCCGUCGCCCCUCGUCGUCGAUCCGCCCCCUUCUCUCCCCCGUCGUCGGCGUCGCACGAACGCUUUCCGUCGCUCUCGCGUUUGGUUCUCGCUCUCGGCACGUCGACUCUGUGAUCGAGCACGACCGACGGCGCAUCUGCAAGGCUGGAACGUCAUUUCAUGGCAACGUCGAUCAUUGGGGAGCCUCCGCGUCUUGGAGGGACCCCGCUAGCGAUGUUGGCAGCCCAGUGCAACAAAAUACAAAACAAGAGUCCACCGCCACUCGCAGACGCCGCCGUCGGCAAGGGAUUUCACCCGUGGAAGAAAACGUCGUCGUCGUCGUCGGCGUCAUCUCUGUCCGUAUCCGGCGGCGCGACCACGCCUCUCACGCACCUCUCGCAUCGGAUGACGUCCGGCUUUCCAGCGACGUCGAACGCCGGCCUCGACUAUCGAGGAAACUCGAUUGCGUCGAGCGGCUGCUCGACGACGUACGGCAGCGACAUGUUCUUCGCGUCGUCGCCGGCCGUGACGUCGCACUGCCAGACGAACUCGGCGCUCACGCAGCCGGCGAUCAUACAGAAGGUGCACACGGACAACCACAUGUCGAGCAUGUACUCGCGCGUCGGCGUCACCGCGCAUCCGGCCUACGACACGGCGUGGCCGUUCAACGUGUCCGCCUCGUCGCAUCCGACGAUCAAGACGGAGAUGCCGACGCCGACCGUCGCGUCGCAGUCGGCCUGGCCGUGGGACAUGCACGCCGCCGCCACCAGCUCGGGCUCGGCGUGGCUGGACCAGGCCAGCGCCGGCCUGCACUCGCAGAUGAGCAACUACCCGAGCUCCGACUACAUGACGCACGCGCUCGGCGCGUCCAACCCGCUGGCGCUCACCUCGGGGCCGCAGCUGCUGCAGGAGACGUAUAAGUCGAUGCUGCCGACGGCCUCCGACCCGUCGACGUACAUCGGUCGGCCGGGCAUGAACACGAUAAACAUGCAGCCGCGCUCGAACCGCCGCUACACGGGCCGGGCGACGUGCGACUGCCCCAACUGUCAGGAGGCGGAGCGCCUCGGUCCGGCCGGCGCCGCGCUGCGCAGGAAGAACAUCCACAGCUGCCACAUUCCCGGCUGCGGCAAGGUGUACGGCAAGACGUCGCAUCUGAAGGCGCACUUGCGCUGGCACACGGGCGAGCGGCCGUUCGUCUGCAACUGGCUCUUCUGCGGCAAGCGAUUCACGCGCUCCGACGAGCUGCAGCGGCACCUGCGCACGCACACGGGCGAGAAGCGCUUCGCCUGUCCCGUCUGCAACAAGCGCUUCAUGCGCUCCGACCAUCUCAGCAAGCACGUGAAAACGCACAGCGAGGGCGGCGAUAAGAAGGGCAGCGGCAUGAGCUCCGACUCUGAGAACAGCCAGGGCGAACGUCCCAACGGCAGUUCCCCGGGCUCUACCAACACGCCGCCGCUGUCUCACAUGCCGAUCCCACCCGACACGAGUCCCGUCGACCACAAAUUGUAGACCGACGAUUACCCAACGAGGAGUGGUGGCGCCACUGAUGCAGCGUCUCUAAGGAGACGUGUUAAGGACUCUUUGCACUGCGCGUGCGAUAAAGUUAAUAGGAAAAUAAGCAACUAUGUCCCAUUCUGUUCCCGCCACGUGGCUGACGACGACAAAAGAGCAUUGGCGAGCUCUCGCGAGACAGCGUCGCGUGUGUCGACGCUGUGGAACGUGUGCACUGUGAUUAUGCCAUGAACAUGCACGCAUACUCGAACGUUGCGAGUAAAUGAUACUUAAUGAUGGCCCCGGCCGAACGUAAACUCUCGCAGCGGUAUAUAGGAUGCCGCUGCUCCUGCUGCUUAUGCUUGGGAACAGGACGCUCGAGGAAAGGACAUUACCGAACGCCGGCUAUCUGCUGCCACGCGCGCGUUUCUCUGCCUAUGUAACAACUGGUGCCGUCGGCCGGGCGACGGGGGCAAGACGAUCUUAAAUGGUAUCAGUUAAGAGACCGAGACGUUUUUAAUUCCCACGAGUUUUGUCCGUUUUAAUUAAUUGUUGUUUGUUGUGCGCGUUGUGCUCAUCGUUUUGGUCGUAGCAAACCGAAAAACAUUUUUUCGGGGUCGGCAGGAUGUUGGCCUCAUGGCCAGCGCGUCGCCAUUCGAGCGUGUCUCUUGCUGUAUCCGUAUCAAAGAAAAACAACCCGCUUUGAUGUGCAAAUCAAUGGAAACCAUCAUUCAUUUAAAUGUCAUUUAUGCAGUCUAAAGGACUCUCUUAUGAAAAUUGCAGGAUAUUAUUAUCAUAAAGAUUAUUGAUCGACGCGUUAUUCAGUUACUAACGAUGGAUCGCCCAAUGGGUGUUGUUAAAAACUUGAAGUGAAAAAGUGACCGAAGCUUUUUGGGGUGGUGUGCAAAAAUGUGGUGAAGCGGGCGUCAAGAUUAUUUUUAUCGCCAAAUUAUGUUGACUCGCUGAAGUCUGUGUCACCACGCCGUGAAAAGACCGUGUAAAUAAACUGUGUAAGUACGAGAGAAACACAGGUGGGUGGUGGAAAAGCGCAUGCGUGAUGCUCGAUUCGUCGUCGCUAUCGCGUGGUUAAUAACUAAUUGUAAAGUCUUAACUUAAAGUAAUGUACAUAGUCGGCGUAUGACGACAUGUAUCGUGUUUGCUCCAGGCAGCUGCAUUCGCGAGAAGGGAAAGUAUACGACAACAGACAACAAUAUACAACAUGAAUUCGCAGAUAGCACGAGCGAGUUAUACUAUGGUUCCAGGUGUUCGAGCACAUUUAUAUAUGACUGUUAUGAUAAUAUUCACAUGAAUGUAACGUUGGGAUGUUUGGAUUUAUUAUAUACUGUAUAGCAACUUGGCCAUCCAUUUUUGCUGUACGCUGACUGUAUCGAUGUCUACAACGGGACGUUAUUACUGGAUCGCUUCGAUGAGGGGUCGGCCGGAUUACUUGCUCUAUACGCCAUGCGUAUCUUUCCGGUCAAACUAAAAUCGCAGAUGUCACAAAUAGCGUUCUCACCAAGCAACUUCUCAGCACCCAUCUCGUUUCUGAGUAAAGCUUGAAAUUUUGCUUGGGUAUUAAUAUUGAUACUAUUAUCAUGUCUGGAUGGUGCGACCGUUUAUCAGCGUAGUGUUUCUCAUUGGCGCAAAUAUUGUCAAUUUAAGUUACGGGACUAUCAUCGUACAUGUCGCAUACAGGAAUAACGCGCGCAUAUACUUGGACGUAUUUCCACCAAGUGUGUAUUAUCAAUCACACGUCGGUUUGAUCUACUGCAGAGUUAUCGGCCGGCUUAUUUCUGUGCUGGCUUUCUUACGCGUGUGCGUGUGUGUAUCAUAAUGCGAUCGUGGCUUAAAGGUAAAGUUGUUGUGCAGAGAUACUACAGUUUUACGCAGCUUAUAUUAUCACUAUUAUUAUUGUAACUACUAUGUAUUAAUAUUACGAUGACGUAUAUACGUGUAUGUGUGUCUAACGUCACAGUUAGCUCAGGCUUUGUUACUCACAUUGGUGACAAGUAUAUUGUGCUUUGACAUAUGGCAUACAUUUGUAUAGAUGAUGGUAAAUAAAGGUAAAUGUUCAGUGUAAUAAAA